AUGGGAUGUUCUCAUUCGAAGCUAGACGACGAGGAAUCUGUUCGGAUCUGCAAAGACAGGAAACGUUUCAUCAAACAAGCGAUAGAACAUAGAACCAAGUUUGCUUCUAGUCACAUUGCUUAUAUUCAGUCACUUAGAAAAGUCUUUGACACUCUCCAUGACUUCAUCGAAGGAGACAACUACAAGCCUCACGAAUUCGUUCAGGACUCGUUCGUGACUCCGGUUAAGAGACUCCCACCCAGCAGAAGCCGCUGUAGCAGCAUAAGCGGCGGUGGUGGUGAUUUUAUAACAAUUUCACCUUCUUCUAUGCCUCCUGAUAAAAUGAUUCAAGAUAAGCCAAAAAGGAAGGUGAGAGCGAGUUACUUGAUGGCUAACAGAACCAGACCGGUUCGUGUUGAAGAGAGGUUUCCUGAAACGCUUCGUGUUGAGUCAUAUGAAUAUGGAGAAGGAGAUGGGUUCUUUGGGAUGAAUAUGAACAUGAACAUGAACAUGAACAUGAACACUUCUGCAGCUUCUUCUUCUUCGUUUGGAACCCGUUGA